AUGCCGAGUAAAUACUCGCACAGCGUCGUCCUGGCCAGUUACUCCCGUCGGGGUAUCAUCAGCCUGCCAAACGAUGAGAAAGUGGAAAGCCGGAAGGGGCGCCAGGCUCCACGGAUUCUUGCCGGGAAACCACCACCACUUCAUGAAUCUGUUUUCACGGUGAAGCCUGGGGGAAGGGCUUCUUCUAGAUCCUCAUAUCACGCUCGUUGGUCGACAUUGCAGCCGACGUUUCCAACACACAGCCAGCAGAACCCAAAGGAAGAAGUGUCCAACAAUGUUAGGUCAAAAGGUGCGAUCCAUGGCAUUCGUCCAUCUACCAACGAACGAAAGGUAAUCCUGGACUCGGAGAGUGAAGAGAUUGCGAAUGGCACUGCAGACGACUUCUGCCUUCGCUCCUCUGGCCCAUCCAACGGAAAGCCUCCAACUUCUUCCCGCCUAUCCACACCCUUUGAUCCCUAUAUUGAAAGUCAAGAGCUCACCCUUGAACGAGAUCCAUCCGGAGCAAACGCAAAACCGGCAAAUCAUAUCAGCAAUGGUACCUUGGCACGUGGCAAGAAGCUUCCGUUGCCCGUUGCCGCACAGAAGGAUGAGUCAAGCAGAGGGUUCAGAGGUGCAGCCCAACCUACAGACAGAGAUGGUCUACAAUUACAUCGACGACCACGACCUCGACCGCACGGUGAUACUGAGAUGCUCUUUUCAGCUCGGGACCCUGUCGCCCCGUCGCCGCAAAUUGCGGAAGUGGAGGACGCGGUUCAUUCCAGGAAACAGUUUACUAUUCCUCGAAAAGCGGUCCCGCACAAUGAUACCAUCCGCCACGCACCCGUGAUUGAAGCUGCGGACCAAAUUCCAAAGCUCCAAAAACCACGCCGGCCUUCACUCAGCCGAGCCAACACCAGCUUUAUUGAUCUGUCCGAUGAUGAGAUCAGCGUCAAAUCCCGUGGACACACCCCUCACACGUCACUGGGUAAAUCGCCGUCUACACAUACCUUGAUCUCAGAUGUCGAAGUACAAGGUUCGACAACCUCGAAUCUAGCAGACGACCUCCGUGACCUUCACGAUGGAGUUGCUUUUCGCGCAAGGCAGGGGAGAGGGGACAAAUUGGGAAAUGCAGCGACAUGGAAAGGUGGUCUGACAGAGCCAAAAGUUCGACGACGGCCUGUGAGUCUGGGUAGCGGCUAUAUUGCGACCCUGCCUGUACAGAAACGCGCUCCACUCCGCAGAAGACAGACUGAGGAACCCAUGCGACAUUCGAUCUCACGCAGUCCAGUCCUAGAGUCACAAAAUCUAUCGUGGUUGCUGCUAGACGUGGGAUUGAACAACCAAAUGAAAGAGGAUAGUCGCGACGAGGCCCCAGCCUUUCCACAAAUUACCUUACAAUUGCCAAAGUCCGAAGUCCGUGCAGAGGUCAUCCUAGGAUCUAGUGCCGCACAGCCUAGCCUCCCAAGGCUCGAACCUGUCGAGGCUGACUUCUUCAAACCUACUGACAGCAACGAGAACGGAAAGCCCCACGAUCUCCAGGAUAGUGCUACGACAAAUACCUAUUUUCACGGACACAGUGACUCGGUCCACAGGUAUCCCCCACAUCAUGGCACCACACGAAAGAUGCCACCACCGUUAAGCCCCUCAUUGUCCAGCCGGAGAGGAGAGGAAUCAUUAUGGUCACCUAUCUCAGCGAGAUCAGAGCCAACGUCUGUGGAGAGCGGUAGGCGUCAUCAGCAUACAUUCUCCAACAUCAGUUCGUGUUCCGUGGCGCCGGAAACCCAACCGCAGGCAGGCAUGAACAGUUUAGCAUCUUCUGGGAAAGCCAGAUUAAAGCCUAAGUUGAAGUCAGAAGAAGAAAUGAGGAUGAAGAUCCCCACGCCUAUCCCAUCCCCUGCGCUGCCUGCAAUGUCCCCGAAAAUAUCAGGUAGAAGAAUCGCCAGGUCAUCAUCCGGAUCGGCGCAUCAGGCGUCAAGGCCUACAGCCAUGCCGGAAUUUGGUAUGCCCUCUGUCGUGCGGUAUGAUGACGAAUCCACACACAUUGAUGAACACAGUAAGCCGAGACCUGCCUCUCGACUGGGAGCAGGCACCCCGCAGCAACAGAAAGCCGGUUCUGAAACGAUACGGGAUCUGGCCUCAGUUCCGCGGUUUCCCAGGAUGGCAAGUACACCACGACAGGGCAAGGACGCUACGCCUGCCAGUGCUACGGAGAGCUAUCAACAAGACAAUGACGAUUGGAUGUUUCCGUAUGUCCCUGUCUCAAAGAAAGCUGCUUCAAGGGCCAGUCUCCUGGAGUCACUGGUAGCAAGUGUGGAAGCUGAAUCGAGGCUCGAAUCCAAAGGAUUGGGUACCUGGCAUGCGAAUUCUUCGAAUCUCAGCAGCCAGUUCCAAAAUGUGACUAGUCAGACGCGACGCAGCGGCGAUAUGGAUGAUAUUAUUUCUCUUUUCUCUAAUGACCAUGAGAUCCCUGUUGACGUUCGAGACGACUAUGCGCAAGACCUAAACGCUGCGGGAGACGAAAUAGAAGACCCAGACGCAGCUCUCCCCCCACCAGACAUCUCACGCCACCGGGCCGACCGCAGCAGCUCCCGGAACGGGCAGUAUCGUCGUUCGCAAUCCUCUCUCACCGCACUUCCUUACAUAGUAAGUGCAAACAUAAGCAGAAAACGACUGUCCCGCGCUAAAUGGGAGGAUGCGACGAAACCGAUGCCCUGGGCUUGGAAUGUCAAUCCAGCUGCACCUAUGCCUGCCAGAGCCGAAAUCUCACUUGGAGAUCAGGAGAAAAGACCCAGGAUGAGGACGGGAAUGAAAGCGCUCUGGGGACGAUUGAGGCGAUGCAUUGAGAGUUGA